ACAGCGCCUGUAGACUAGUGUAGACAUGCAUUUGAGGUUAUGUCGAGAUUAUGUCAGCUGACACGAAACGAAACGCGAACGUAGUGUUUUCAGAUCCGAGCUGAUCUGAGCCGCACCGUCGUCGUCAUAUCCAGGACGGAAAAGGCCUGAAAUUUUUGUUGAUCACUAAACCGUUCUUAUCUCGUUCUACCGAAGUGUUUUACCAUGGGUAAAAAUAAACAACGUACUAAGAACAAUGCACGGCCAUCAAAUAGCAGCCGUAGUGCAGAACUCUUGGGGACUGCAACUCCUAACUUUGUUGGAUUCUCGGCAGUUAAGGAUGGAGGAUAUGUUCCUGUUCUACCUGGUCUAUCCUUGUAUUCUUUAAAUGAAGUUGAGAUGAAUAAUGUAGAUUCCAAUUUUCAAAUAAUACUAAAAAAGAUGAGCAAAAAAGAUGCUACGACAAAAUACAAGGCAUUGCAAGAGUUUGCAACUUUGUGUCAAGAUGCAGAAAUGUUAACAGUAGAAGGUAUGUUACCGUUUUGGCCAAGAUUUUACUGUGCUCUCUCCAUUGACAUAGACCACCGAGUGAGAGAAGCUGCACAGUUGGCACACGCAGCAGUUGUCAAGCGUGCAGGCAAGCGUAUAGCGAUGUAUCUGAAACAAUUGGCUGGCACUUGGUUUACCUCUCAAUACGAUACGUAUCCUCCAGCGGCUUCAGCUGCUACCAACUCUUUCAACAGCACAUUUCCCCCAUGGAAAAUGGUUAAUGCAAUCGUUCAUUGCCAGUGCGAAAUUUUAUUAUACAUUAGCAACAAUAUAAUUGUGCACACAGCUCAGACGUUAUCGACGCAAAAGUCCCUUACCAAUGAAGAAAUGGAAGCCAAAUAUGAGAGAGUACUGACGGCAAAUCUUCAAGCAUACAGUUAUUAUUUCAAGAAAGUACCACUUGACGAAAUCGAUAAAACCUUAGAAAUUCACAACAAAAUUUUGAGCAGUUCGAAGUUUUGGAAAUUGGCUAAACACGAUGCUUUGCCAAUAAAAACAGCUUUUUUCAAUGUGCUGACAUCAAUAAUGGAAAAUGCAGGAAAGUUAUUGCAAAAUGAAAAGAAAAGAACGGUAACCACUAUUAUGAAUAGUAUUGAUGAAUCUGAACCGGCUAUUUUAUCGGCUGUGUGGGAAUCGAUGCUAAUAGCUACAACGAAAAUUGACGAUUGGUAUCUCGUCGUAAAUAUUAACAAACUUGUACUUCCCAAAUUGUGGAACAUUUUACGAUCCGGCGGACAGUGCUGCGCCAGCACUGUUUAUCCAAACCUGCUACCCUUCGUCAGUCAAUUCCCAAAGUUUAAUAUUGAUAUCACUAAUCUGUAUACAAAUUUCUUUAACAAUAUGCGUCAAGGAUUCUCUGUGAAAAGUGUGCAAAUGAGCCGUUCAGAAACACUUGCUGUAACAACAUCUUUCAUCGAAUGUUUACGUUAUUCAGUUCUCGUAAACACCGAAAAUGUAGAUUUAUGCGUUCAGCUCCUUAAGGAACAACUCAUGCCUCUUAUAGAAGCUUGUAUGACAGAUAAUAACUUUAUGAAACAAUAUUGCUUUACUGAGAUUACAUAUCUAAUACGGUACUGGAGCAAACAUCGUACUAAUGACAAGUAUAAAUCGUACGAUUCUUUAAUGGAACACUUCUGGAUUGAAUUACCACUACUGUUCGACAGAUUUAUGAAUACAUCAAAAGGGAGUGCACAUACUGUAGAUUCAAAAGAUUCUCACAUCGAAUUUUUAUUAAAUUUAAAGAAUGUACCAGAUCGUACUCGUAAGAAAUUAAAAGUAAAAUUUGCCGAUCCAAGUGAUUCGGUUAUCACGAACGAAUCAAAGGUAAAAGUUAUCGAUGCUUAUGUAGAUAACAUUUUUAAUGCAGAACUUUGCAAAUUUGUAAAUACGCUCUGUACAAUUUAUUUUAAUUCGAUAAAUGCAUCGAUAAACGAUCACCAGUACAUUGAGUAUAUCGGGCAGCUGAAUAAACUUAUGAAACAUUUUGCAAGUAGAGAAUUAUUUGUUGCGUUUUCAAAAUCAUUUAAAUUCGAUGAUGACUUUUUUGAAUUUUACGACAAGAGCUUGAAACCUUUAUUGUUGCAAAAAUCAGAAAUGGCUGAACAAAUUCUUGAAUUAAUAUUUCACUUUAUUAGAUAUAUAAAUGAUGCAGAAAAGGAUAAAGUUCUAAAAUCAUUGAUCAGGUUAAAUAAUAUUGCAAUAACAAGAAAUGUCAUAUAUUGCAGUCUCUCUGAACACAACAGAAACGAUAGCGUAAUUAAAAAGUGGUAUACACAAGCUAAUAUACCCAAACUGUUAAUUGAUGUCGCCAAGGAAAUUGCUUCAUGUGAUAAUGAACAGUAUUUCGAAAGAAAUCAGAAUCUGAUUCUAUCAGCUUUUGAAAUUUCAGAAAUUAGGGAUUUGUUAAUAAACGAGGAAGGAGCAAAUGAGAUUGUAUCAAUUCUAUGUGAUUCACUAAAUGGAAGAGAUGACACUUGUUCCGUGCAAUUUGUUUCAUUUAUUACGAGAUUGAUGACUUUAAUAUGGAGUCAUAAGCAAACUGUAUCAAGUGCUGUACAGAUAUUGGAAACACUUUUUGAAUUAUGCACUCGUGAGCAUGAUGAUUUAACUGCUGAUAUCGUACGCACUAGUUGGAAAGAAGGAUUCAUAAAAAGUAGUCAAAUAUUAUCUGCUUUUGAAUUUAACGAUCUUAUUCAAAGAUGCGGAAUUAUUAUCUGGAGCAAAAUAUAUAAUGCGCACGCGGAUUCUGUUAAGGAUACAUUGGUAGAUUUGGCAACAGAUGUUUUAGAAGUUGUAAUUAACAGUACUGACACAAAAUCUCAUUGCGUUGAACAAACUAUUAUGUUAUUUUUAACGGCAUCAGAUAUAAAAUUAUGGAUUGGAGAGACAACCACCCUUGCAUUAUAUGGCGAAGUGUUAACAGGUCAUUUAUACAUGUCAAAUGUUGAGACAAAAAUACGGAUUUUGCAGCAGCUUAUUUCUAUUGAUAUAACGAAUAACGAUAUAAUUUUGGAUAAUACGGCAAAUUGUUUAUCAUGGGCUUUGUUUGUCACAGAUUUGCUUAACAAUUUGUAUAAGAGACUAAAAAGCUCUGAUUCAGAGAAUGCAAAUACAUCCUCAGAAUCGGAAGAAGAAAAUUUUGAAUUAAACGAUACAAAUUUGCCAGGAAUCACAGAGAUAUUGAUAAAUAUCAUGUAUGUAGUUAGUAUAGCGGACAUAUAUAAAAAGCAUUAUAAAUCCACUAAACAUUACAAUGACGUUGAUAAACUUCGUGAUUCGCUAAAAAACAGUUUCAUCAACUUGCAUAAAUAUUUUGCACAAAAUAUCCUCGGUGAUGUAUUGUUACAUGUACAAACAAAUCAAAAAAGUUAUGGAUGUAUGCUACCAUACAUUUAUGCACAUCAUACUGAAUUUUUCUUGAAAGAUAAAACUGAGAAUUCCGUGGAAUAUUUUGAAAAUUACAGCAAUAAUGAAAAUGCAGACAUAUGUAACAAUGAGACACGUAUGCAAAUAAUGCAAAUCUUAAAUUGUUAUUGGCAUAAAGAUUGGCCAGAAAAUAUUCCGGAAACAUUAUUAACAUACAACGAAAUUAAUACAUUAAUUGUUACAAGAUCUAUAAUAUCCGACUCUUCCAGACAACCUCCUGCACUAUAUGAUACUACUGUGGACAAAAUUAUGUUACGUCUUGAUGAUAUUUUUGCAAUUUUAGAUCAAGAUAUCUCUGAAAUUUCCUGGAAUAAAUUGCUUUUGCCUCUAGAAGUUAUGAGAUUGCUUACGACAGUUGUUCAAAAUGUUCCGUGGAAGUUGAAACAUGCAUACUGGGAUGUUAUCUUGAUAUCUCUCACAAAGUGGCAACAGUUACUUAACAAUGCCAAACAUAAUUAUUCUGACAUUAAAAUAACAACGUUGAUGACAGCACUUAGUCAGUUAUAUUAUGCAGUUGAAACUGUAAUGAACAAACAUGAACUGGAGCCAAUACCAGAGUUACCGCCAGAGAUCUUGGAUGAAUGGAAAAAUGUGAUUGCUGGUAACAUAUAUAACGGCAUUAUCCAAACCUGGGUAUUUUAUGCAGAUUUAUGUAAUCAGAAUACGGAUGUUCUGAAAUGUGUUAUCCCACUGAAUUAUUUGGGAGAGGCAAUUUGUGCAUUUGACAGUAGCAUAUUAUUCAAGAAAUGUGACGAACAGGUCGAGAUGAUUGAUUUCAACAAGAUGUUAAAACUGUCUUUGAAAUUACUCCAAUCUCCCAUACCUAGUAUUCAAUUGGGUGCCUAUUAUACAUUGAAAUAUAUAGUACCGGAACUUGUACAACAUGACAAAGUUCUUGUUGAGUCUGAUAACUUUAAGCCGAGCAGUCUCAAUAUUAGAAAAUUCGAAGAAGUACUAUCAAAUACACAGAAUAUUGUAAAUACAAUGCUGAUGGAAUUCAAAUUGUGUGAUAUAAUUAGCUGUACAAUCCAACCGUUUACAGAUUCUUACACAUAUACAUUAGGAUAUCUGUUAGCAUGGGCAAUUGUAUUAGAUAUCUGCGAAAAGGCUCAUAAUGAUUUACGAUAUCAGUAUGCGGAAAUAUUGAAAAAUGAACUUUUCCCUUGCUUGUUGAAUAAUAUCUUCAAGUUAAUGCCCAUGGAAGUUCUACAAGAUAAUAAAAAUAAAACUGUAAAACUACUGGAAUUAUUUACCACCACUCCAGUUUUUCGUUUUAAAGAAAGUUGGACAGAGGAGAGAUUAGAUCAUAUUGUAUGUUGGUUAUAUACAAACUGCUUACGGCGUCUACCAGUAUUAGUUAGACAAUGGCUGAGCACAAUUGACAGCAGAGUGAGUGCAACAGUAGACAAGAUUACAAGUCAUUAUGUUAGUCCUAAACUUUGCGAAGACGAGCUUCUUUAUAGCAGGCUACAGUUGGCUAAUGUUGAAAAUAUGCAGGUAAAAGUACAUUCAACAGCAAGGGAAGUAGUAGCCGAGUAUCAAAUGGAAGAUACAAAAUUGGAAUUAAGCAUAGUAUUGCCAUCAAACUAUCCCUUAGGUAGAGUAAUGGUAGAAUCUGGUCAAGAGAUAGAUGGUACAGCAAAGGGAAAAAAUAGUCACACACAACUCUCUAAAUUUCUUACGCAUCAAAAUGGUUCUGUUUGGGAUGGUCUUCUAAUGUGGAAACGCAAUUUAGAUAAGAAAUUUGCAGGCGUCGAAGAGUGUUACAUAUGCUUUAGCAUUUUUCAUAUUAGUACAUAUCAAUUACCAAAAUUGUCAUGUCACACUUGUCGUAAAAAGUUUCAUACUCGUUGCUUGUAUAAGUGGUUCAAUACAAGUCAAAAGUCCACCUGCCCGAUAUGCAGAAAUGUAUUUUAAUCUGAUUUGGAAAGAUUUUUGCACAUAGAAAUUCAUGGUGUAAAAAUUAAAUAAAAAUAAUACAGUAAAAUGGAAGGAAA